CCUAAAAAGUCUGUACGAUGCUUUGGCGCCCACGCGUAAAUUCCCGCUUCCGCCUCUAGCUGCGCCGAGUUGCCUGCAGCCGCCCAUUACCCGCUCUCCCCCACCGUCGGCGCUAGUUGGCUGCAAAGGGGAACACACUUUCCGCUUUUCCCCGCUUCGAGCCCGCGCGACCCGUCGACCCCGCAUAGCUCUUCUCAACCCCGCGGCCAUGCCGUCUCACGCUGCGUCCCACAGCAAGUACCCGAGCAGGGAGGAAGAGAGGCGAUCGAGCGGUGAUGGAGAGAGGCGAUCGAGCGGAGAUGGAGAGAGGCGAUGAAGCAGGGAGAGACGUUUUGCAGCAAAGUUUGCCAGAAUUCAUGGUCACGGUCUUGUUGCUUGACGCUGACGAGCUUUUCAAUGUGACUUGGACAAUAAACUACCGUAAUCCCCCGGAUAUAACACCCGCCGGAAUUGAGCACCCCCUGCCUCCCUGCUUGGUGCGAGGGUCCUACAGCUCAUCCUCCCAAGGAUCGAUGAAGAUCUGGGUACCAAAUUACCCUCCAUUGCGCCAGUUACUACUCAAAGAACACCACGACGUCCUGUACGCGGGACUAUUCGGUAGCAACAAGUCGCUCACCGGUAUCGCCAAACACUACUACUGGCCCCACAUGGCAGAUGACGAACAGAAAUUCGUCACCUCGUGCACUACAUGUCAGCGGAUGAAGAGCAGCAAGCAGAAAAAGGCGGGCCUGCUACAGCCUCUUCCUGUCCCAGAACAGCCAUGGCAAGUGGUAAGCCUAGACUUCAUCACCGGGCUACCAACUACCACGAGCGAUCAUGACGCGAUCCUCGUCGUCAUUGACAAGUUCUCCAAAAUGGAACACUUCAUCACGACACACACCACAGCACGCACCGAGGAGACAGAACAACUCUUUGUUCGCUACAUCAUCUCACAACAUGGCAUUCCGACCACACUCAUCUCCGACCGAGACCCUAUGUUCACCAGUAAAUUCUGGAAAGAACUGAUGUCUCUACUCGGGACCAAACUCGCCAUGUCAUCCGCCUACCAUCCGCAGACAGAUGGACAAACCGAGCGCCUCAGCCAAAUUGUGGAGCAACUCCUCCGUGCAGCCUGCAAGGACGACAUCUCCAAAUGGGACUUGCAUCUACCCGUCCUGGAGUUUGCCAACAACAAUGCUACUCACGCCGCUACUGGACAGACGCCAUUCUUCCACUGUUACGGACGCCACCCACUCACACCUCAACAGCCAACCAUACCAGCCACAGUCCAACCCGCUCAUCAUUUCAUCACACCCAUGCACAAACUUUGGGAUCGGACCCACAAGCGCCUUCUCGACAUUCAGCAACAACAGAAGUGCCAAGCCGAUCGCCACCGCACAGACCACACCAUUACCGUGGGAGACCAAGUACUACUCGAUACACGCAAUCUUGACAGCAGCCAUCUCCCAUCCAAACUGCGACCUCGCUUCUGCGGACCUUUUCUCGUUGAAGCACAUGACACUCCUGUUACCUUUCGCUUACGCCUGCCAGCUACCUGGAAGAUUCACAACACCUUCCAUGUCCAACUCUUGAAGCCAUACCGCGAUCCCAACACGGUCUUCUCUGGACGCCAACCGCCGCCGCCGCCGCCCGUCCUCGUCUAUGACGAACCCGAGUACGAGGUCGAGUCCGUGCUUGCUCACCGCCGUCGACGGAAUGGCACCGUGGAGCUUCUCAUCCGUUGGAAGGGUUAUGAUCCUUCAGAGGAUAGUUGGGUCUCUGAAUCCGAGAUGGAUCAUGCUCGUCGUCCUCUUCGCGACUACCUUGUCAAGCAGGGUGUUACGUCUACCACCCAGCUUUGAGGGGGGGAAGUGUGAGAGUACGACCCC